AUGGGCGACAUCCAGAUUUCGCGCUUGACUUGGACCUCGCGCGUCCAAUACGCAGCUGCUGUCCAUGGCGGGUGUGGCCGACGACCAGAUCGGGAUGCACUCUUGGUGACCUCCGGGCACACGGGUCUGCCCGGGGAUUAUCACCUCGGUCGUUCGAAGGUCGAGCCACCGCCCAGGGCGCAAGAGGCCAUCAACUGCCACGUCUUCCGGUUUGCCGAAAAGCAGCUGGAACUGGCACAGCUGUACAACUCCACGAAGCAGAGGCACGAGCUUGACAUGGCCUCCAUACAUCUUCUUAAGGCGUUUGCCGGCACCUGA